CUGGAUCAGAACGCUCUGACACGUGGCGAAAUCGGAUAGCGAGUGUCCAGUACUUACGAUGGGCGCCACGUGUGGGUUUUAACGUGAUCUAAUAAUGAAAACGGCGUUUCUAGUCGGGCCGUUUGUUGGAGUGUUGUAGCCGUCACUGCCGCCAUACAUCCAACAACUCGAGAAACCAGAGGCUCCGAGAAAUGCAAUCUCUGCCCCUCCGGUAAAUUCGCCGGAGUUUUGUUUCGUCCCCUUCGUUCCUUCGCCGGAGAUUGGAGAUAUAGUUGAUCGGUGAGAGAACCCUACGUCAAACGGGAGCUGAACCUAGGGUUUCGGCGAGGAGGUCUCGGAUACAUUUGGGUUCUGGGUUUCUCUGCCUAAUUGGUUUCUCGUUUCGUUGUCUUUAAUGGCAUCGGAGGACGUGAAUACGAGCGAAUCUGCGGUUUCGACGAUCGUGAAUCUGGCAGAGGAGGCGAAGCUGACGAAGGAAGGUGUCAAGGCCCCGAGCCACGCGGUUCUCAGCAUCUGCAAGUCUCUCGUCGCUGGUGGAGUUGCCGGUGGAGUGUCAAGGACUGCGGUUGCACCUCUGGAGAGACUGAAGAUUUUACUACAGGUUCAAAAUCCCCACAAUAUAAAAUACAAUGGAACAGUUCAAGGAUUGAAGUAUAUAUGGAGAACCGAAGGAUUUCGUGGAUUGUUCAAAGGCAAUGGUACUAACUGCGCCCGCAUCGUUCCCAACUCAGCAGUCAAGUUCUUCAGCUAUGAGCAAGCUUCAAAGGGGAUACUCUACCUGUAUCAGCAGCAAACAGGGGAUGAUGAAGCCGAGCUUACACCUCUUUUACGCCUUGGAGCUGGAGCUUGUGCUGGAAUAAUUGCCAUGUCUGCUACUUACCCGAUGGACAUGGUGCGCGGGAGGCUUACUGUCCAGACAGAAAAAUCUCCUUAUCAGUACAGGGGAAUGGUCCAUGCUUUAUCAACUGUGCUGCGUGAGGAAGGACCAAGGGCGUUGUACAGAGGCUGGCUUCCAUCUGUUAUUGGAGUUGUUCCAUAUGUGGGCCUUAACUUUGCAGUUUAUGAAUCUCUCAAAGAUUGGCUGGUUAAAUCAAGACCUUUUGGGAUCGUUGACAACUCUGAGUUGACAGUGACCACAAGGCUUGCGUGUGGAGCCGUUGCUGGAACAAUUGGUCAAACCGUUGCGUACCCUCUUGACGUUGUUCGUAGGAGAAUGCAGAUGGUAGGAUGGAAAGACGCUUCCUCGGUUAUCACAGGCGAUGGGGGAGGCAAAGCUCCACUUGAAUAUUCUGGAAUGAUCGAUGCAUUCAGGAAAACCGUUCGGCACGAGGGUGUUGGAGCACUGUACAAGGGUUUGGUCCCUAACUCCGUCAAGGUUGUCCCAUCGAUAGCGAUUGCGUUUGUGACCUAUGAGAAGGUGAAGGACCUUCUAGGAGUUGAGUUCAGGAUAUCGGAUUGAUUGAGGAAGUGCCCCUCAAUACUUUGUUGAACAAAGAUCACGAACUAGGGAUACUAGCAGUAUCUAUCUAUCUAUAUGCAUCUUUGCUCUGAGAAAUUGAAUAUCUUAUUCUUAGGUUUUC